GUGGAGCAGGUGCUGGUGGAGCAGGUGCUGGUGGAGCAGGUGCUGGUGGCGCAGGUGCUGGUGGCGCAGGUGCUGGUGGAGCAGGUGCUGGUGGAGCAGGUGCUGGUGGAGCAGGUGCUGGUGGUUGCUUCACUGCUGUAUUUGAGUGCUGAGGAUGCAGAUAUGGUUGACGCUGGGACAUGCUGCAGCCUCCGCAGGACUGUGGCAUGGAGGCUGAAAUUCAUGACUGUCCCGCUGGAUCCAGGACGGUUGGGAGACAUGUAUGUCACCCAGUUUUUAGAUAAAUGCCGUGAAGGAGAAACCUUCAUUCAAUCCAUACGGACUCAUAGCCCCCAAUCUGUGGAUCCAGCGAGCCUCGCUUUGGAGGAGUUUCUUGUCUAGAUUACCGCCUCUUGGUCCCAUGGAUAUUACACGGAGCUCUUACUACAUGGUUGAUGAACUUCUUUAUGCGGGGAAUAUACUUACAGAGGAGCGAUCUCCGCAGGGUGAUGAGCCCCGGUACCUCCCCUAUUUCUCCAGUCCGAGUUUUCUCCUCCGCUAGAUGACUAUGAAGCAGUUGGUCCUUCAGAUUUGGGCCUCUCCUGUAUGUUACAGAUGGAUGUGGGUAAAUAUUCUCUGUGAUUUUGGCCUUUGCUGCAGAAGAUUUCCAUCUCUAUCCUGAUGAUGGCGCUGUUCUGUGUCCUGCUUACACUGACGCUCUUCUCAUACCUGGCAGUCUGUGACUAUGUUAUACCCAAGCCUCAGUAUGAAGAGAUAGUGGUCCCUCGUUUUGGUAAUGCCACACUGCCCUGUCAGUUCUCUUUUAUCGAGGGCACCUACGACUUGGGUUUCAGCUGGCAUCGAGAGGACAUUAUUGAAGAGAUCGAGGUGGAAGACCUCUACGCGUACAUCCAGCAGACAUAUGAGUACAAGGAGCCCCAGCUGGUCUACAGCUUCCACAAGGACAAGGAAGACUUUGAAGAACAGGACUACAAUUACCACGGCCGAGUGAGGGUGGACACCUCGGAGGUUAGCGAGGGAGACCUGACACUUCACCUGACCAAUGUGGACUAUCCGGAUGAAGCUUUGUACACAUGUAAAGCAAUCAGCCCCCAUGGAAAGGGGGAAACCAAGCUGAAGCUCAUGAUACAAGAAGAGGAGGAGCCACCGGUAAAGAUGGAAACCAUUGACAAUGUGACGGUGGCUCAUUGUGUCUCUGCUGGUUGGUACAAAGUGCCCAUUGUGAGGUGGCUGAACCGCCGCGAGGAGGACAUCUCGGAGAACUCCACCAUGGUUGUGCUGGAGGAGAUGCAGAAUGGAAGUCACAGAGUCUCCUCAACUCUGACUGGGGUCAAGAGCCACGAGAUCUACCGUUGCCUCAUCCGGGACGUCAAGAAAGCACGGAGAACCCGCACUGUCUACAGGAGGCUAAGGGGUGCUCAGGGAAUAUGGAGAGUUCUAAACCCGCUUCUCAACCUGACGGAUACUGAAAAUCCAGAGGAGUAGAAGACGCCCGGAGAUGUGAAGGAGACCACACACCCCAGCCAUGUCCUGAACUGUAGAAUAUAUCCUAUGAGUGCCCAGGAAAUCCAUAGAUGUGUGUACACCGUAUAUAUCUGCAGAGCCAACACUGUGAAUAUGUCUAGUACAGGUAGAGCGGCAUGUAUUGUAGGAGGGUCCAGGUAAAUCUGUGCAGUCACCGGGCGUCUUCUGUCCAUAAAUAAAUGAUACCUAACUCCGUCCUCACUCCGUAUCUGGUUCCUCGCAGGUAGGUGCUCUCCUGAUGUGCAGACUUCAUAUUA